AUGCCUGCAGGAAACUUGCAGUACGAACAACGAGGGCCAUUCGAAGCCACCAAGGAGGUCUUCCUCCAGGUUGUCUACCUCGAAAACCUAUCUAAGGAUUUUGAAAACAAUCCAAAUUUCGCUACCCCUCGUUCUGUUCCGUCCACGAUCAGAUCAAAGACUACGGUUUUCCCCAAGAGGGCAGCUUCAUGCCCGGGAACCCCUUCUCAGAACAAAGUUAAACCUUUCCAAUCACUUUUCAAACCCACUGUCUCUUCUGUCCCAGAGCAAGAGCAGGAGCCACAGGGGGUCUCCAACCAGUCCACCCCAGCCAGUACAAUGAAGAAGAAGAAAAAUGAGAAAUCUAAGGACAAGAGCCGUCGUUCAUCCCGCAGCCAGUCCAUUUUCUCGAUUGCUUCGUCUUUCUUCGGCCCCUUGGCUCUUGGGUCGGACGUUUCUCUCGACCGUCAGAUUUCUCCAGCUUUACAGAGUUCUCAUGUCUUCUUUGCUGAUGAGGACAUUCCUCCACCGUCCGUCGACUCAUCUUUUGCCUUUCCUGAUGAUAUGCCUCGAAAGGAGGUCCAAAAGCCAUGGUUUGUCGGUCCCAUGACUUCAGGUUCCACCACACCAACUACCGUCCUGGGACCUGACGAACAGAUUCUCCCUUCUCCGGAUCAAUCUUCUCCUCCGGCACCAAGUCUUGUCCCAAGUUCUGAAUUGAGUCCAAAGCGCAAAGUCAGUCCAGAACGUGAAGUUAGUCCAGUAGUUUCUGGAGAUACCGACGAAUCCAAUCUCAAAGGCACAAGCCCAUCAACUGGAGAAACCACUACCUCAUCAACGAUUCCUGAGUCCACUCGCCGGAAGAGCAAGUUUGCUUCUAUUGGUUCAUUCCUCCCCUCGUUCUCAGAGAGCCGUCGGGAAUCUAUUGCAAGUUUCUUCAAGGGUGCUCGUGACCUUCCAUCCCGUUUGUUCAAAAAAUCUUCAAAGUCCACAUCCCCAUCUCCGCCUCAGCUGCGCUCAACUUUCAAGUUCACUGAGAAGGAUACCUUGCCUCCCAAGAAGAUUCCUUUGGCUAAAUGGCAAAAAGCUGCAAAGAGAAGAGACAAGAUAUUCAAAAUUAAAUCGAAAUGGGAAAAUUUUACAUCAUCCGGCCGUGUACAUCGGGAGACCAGACGACGUCUCAGUAAAGAGAAGGAAUGGAAAGAGUAUCGUGCCAAGUUAACUGGUACACAGAAACUCCUCGCCAUUAUGGAUGAUGCAAAGGAUAAGGCUUGGGAGUGGAUCGAUAAGAGGGCAGAGAAAAAACGACGAGAAAAGCUGAAUGCCUACAAAACUAUGAGAGACGAGAGGCGCAAGAGCAUCGUUCUUGUCCCCGUCUAUAGAGAUUACGAAAUUGUCGCGAGAAGAGAGAGUAGCUAUUCGGGAUUUGGCUACACCCCUGAAGGCUCCGACUAA